AUGGGUAUUCUAGCUCUGGAACCUCAUCCCCGUUUGGCCGCCCCAGACUCUCCGCCCGGGCUGGUUAGCCCAUCAUCAUCAUCUUACUCCUCCAGGCCAUCUCCUCCUGCCGAAAAGCUCUGGGACACCAGGUUUGGUCCCAUAUCCCCUCCCAUGUCCAACUACGAUCAUGGCUCGGCGGCCGAUGUGUCGACUGCCGGCAAAGGUGCUGAAGGCGGUUCGUCCCGUAAGGAUUUGACACAAGGCGCUCCUCGUCAGCAACUGCCAUCACUGAGCAGUCUCUUUGGACCUCCUCCACCACUCCGGCCGUUGCAUUCUCCGCUGGCCGAGCGACCGGCCCCUUACCCGGCGACGUCUCCCUUGGAUCGCCCGCGUAUGCCGCAACCUCACAAUGAUCGCUCUUAUGCCACAUCGUACUUCCCGCCUCAGGAAAGCUCUCCAACGAUGUCCCAGCCGAGGAGUACCUACGAUGCCAGAUAUGACCACGAGAGGCAGGCCUUGCAUGGCUUGUCCCGUUCCUUCUCCGGCCCUGGAUCACCGAGAUACCGCGAGUCCGAACACAUGCGUCCAGAGUCGAGAUCUGACGUCGGGUUGAGCAGCAAGUGGUCGAUGCAUCAUGACGCUGGAAAGCACGAGUACGCCCUGGUAUCCAGAGAGAACCAGCCUCCACUGCGGGCUUCACAUGACAGGAUGUCCUAUCAAUAUUCAAGCAACAAAGACUCUGGCUCUUCCUACCGGGAUCAGCGCUCCCCUUCUGGACCUGGUCUCUUGCAGGCAUCGGCCUCUGCCAGUACGACGACCUCGGAAGGGAUCCCAUCUAAAGAUGGUCUUGGUCCGAAGAUAUGGACGGGAAGCCACUUUCUCCCACGAUUCGUUCGUGCUGCCGAAGUGCCGGGUGAAGGGAUGUGUUAUUUCUACGACGAUGGAAGUCACUGCAAGACGGUCAUUGAUGGCGAGGCAGUCAACGCUCACUGGGGUGUGACAAAGGCAGGAAAGCCAAGAAAGAGACUGGCGAUUGCGUGUGUUACCUGCAGGGAAAAGAAAAUCAAGUGCGACCCGGACUAUCCUCGCUGCGUCCAAUGCGAGAAAUUUGGCAGGAUCUGCAAGUUCAAGAACGCACCGCGAGGUGGCCACAACACCUCCCCAUCCACGCCUCCUGCUGAACCAGAGGACUUGAGACGCCUGGGAGGCUCGGCCAACUCGAACGACAUGCACCGCCCUGGCAGCAACUCCAGCGCGUCAGUUUCUCCUCGAACCACGUACCGUCAGCCCAGCCCGGAGCCUUCAAUGCCUCAUAAGAGGAUGCGCCUCGGUUUUGACUCGUACCCCUCGAUGCCGAGCGACUCUUCCGCCUUGAUGAGCCGGACGCCAGAGACGGCAAAGGUCAACGCCUGGCAACACCGCCAGCCGAUUGAGCUCCCUCGGAUCCACGAGGACGUGCUUCACCGAGCAUGGCAAUCAGACCCGUAUGUUUCCCACCCGCAGUCAGUUAGCACCGUAAUCUCCUCCUUCUUCGUACACACGGUCAGCACCAUGGCCCUUUGUUUCUUGCCCGAGACACCGUUUAAAUCCUGGUUGACUGGUAAUGCUUACACAAAGUCUCCAGAAGACCUGAUGCUCACCUAUAGCAUCCUCGCCGUCGGGGUCACCUUGUCAGGUGGACCAAGAACAAUCGCCUCCGAAUACGCUCAGGUCGCACGGGAAGGCUUUGCUGAGAGCCGGAGGCGGACAUACUGGGCAUGUUUUGUGCUAGAGCGACUCAACGGCAUGUUCCCCGACCGCCUUGGCAGUCUUACUCCUUUAGACAUAUUCAUCCGGUUACCAUGCGAAUCGGAUGUCUUUCAAAGUCAACGGGCUUCUCAGGCACCCUUCUUUCCGGCACUCGCUUCGACUUGGUCCAAAAUGGCGGAUCAACGUUUAGCCUUAACAGCACAUCUCAUCCAGCUGGUGGGUGUCUGGGGAGACAUCAUGUCUAGCGUCUACAGGAAUGAACACGGCCUGCCCUCGGAUGGAGAACCAGCAGUACUUGUUGAUAGCUCUGUGAAGAGGCUACUCAGCUGGCGUGAAUCGCUUCCUGGACAGUUUACCUACAGUCCAACCAAUAUGGACCUGGCUGCUCAGGCUGGAACCCUCAGCACAUUCCUUACGAUUCAUCUUCUGUUCCACCACGGUCUCGUAAAGGUCCACCGGCACUCGUACGCCUCGGGCCGAAUAUCGGCAGCGACACGAAUGCAAUAUCUCUCGAGGAUCCAAGAGGAAGCUAAACAAGUACUGCAGAUCACGGGCGUGUUGGAAGCACUCCUUCAAGCUCGGCGAACCCCACUGAGCGCGCCGCCUCCAUUCAUGAGCCAUGCGAUAUUGGAGGCUGCCGACGUUCUCACUGCGGAGGGUUUGUUAUCAGAGCUUCCUGUGCUUUUGGAACAAUUGGCUGUUGCAAGCGCUAUAGUCGAAGCCGCAAGUAUGGUUUGGAAUGAGGCACGCGUUCAUUGGGCCGCACUGGAACAUCGACAGGACAUUUUACGUAUUCUGCGAGAUCUUCAGCCCGGAGCAGCAUCAGCCAUUGGCGGCAGGGUGCUCGCCAACGAGAAUGAGGACAAAUGUUGGCAAAUGAAGGGUCCAAUGGACACGACAUAUUGGCCUAUCGUGGACAUUGUAUACACGCGGGGUUAAAAGACAUACACUUCCGCAACCAUGGUGUCAUUGUUUUUAUCAUUUUCACAUCUGCAUUGCAUUUCAGGGAGUUGGAGGGCGCAUUUGGACAAUUGGCUAUUUCUUUCUGCUUUUUACACGAGAUCGGAGAGACAACACCUGGCUGUUUAGGCAGACAGUUUGCUCUCGUUCAUCUAUGUAACAUUAUAUACCCUGUACAUGAGGAUACCAAUCCAGGAAAACAACACAACGGCCGAGCGCAGCUGAGAAGAGGAACAGGAUGUGUGCUUCAUGUGGUUGAGGGUAUCUUGGCAGGCAGCCUAUGAAGGACACCCUCGGCAACAUUAAACAUGGUAAGUACAGUGUGUAGACGAAGGAGGGGCGAUGAGAAUACACCACCCAAGCACUUUGGUUGAA